AUGUCUUAUAUUACCAUUAUCUAUCUAUCUAUCUAUAUCUAUCUAUCUAUCUAUCUAUCUAUCUAUCUAUCUAUCUAUCUAUCUAUCGCAAUCUAUUUCUUUCUUUCCACGUUUUUCUUAUGUCAAGUAGAUCAUUCUAUGAUUCGCUUGUCUUCGAUGCACCCCUUUUCACCCGUCCCCCUCUUUUUUUUUUACCUCUUCAUCGUUAUCGUCGUCACCCUUAAUCUUUACUUCCUGCCCAUCUUCUUUUUCUUCUUGGCCUUAAUCCCGAACUCCCACUGCAUUCGUUUCCGCUCUUUUACUUCCAUCUUGUCUUCAGCUCCAUUUUCUUUUUUCACAUUUUUUAAAUUUUUCUCUCUUUUUAUUCUCUUUUCUCCAACUCUUUUUCUCUUUUGUAUAUCUUCACUUCCCUUUUUCUUUUUUCUCACUCUCCCUACCACUACUACUACUACUAACUUUUCUUUUCACAUUAUUAUACUUGCUUAUUUCCUUUUCCUUUUCUGA